CUCUGUCGGAAGACGCUGAUAUGUAGCAGGUCAGGUGGGAAGGCGGCUGCUCUUGCCGUUCUGCUCUCUGGUCCUGCGCGUACUUUCCCCCCCCCCUUAUUCAGUUCUAAAGGUGACGGCUGGGAGUGUGAGUGUUGGUCUGCGCUAGAAUCGCGACCAUCCUCUUUAAUUGAUUGUAUCCCACAGAGUGGUGGGAGUGGAAAGCAGCAUUGCCUUGCAAAGCGUGUGCUGUAUGAGCACGGGUCCUUGAUUAGAGUAAUCAAUUUAUUUAUAUCCCCUUUAUUAUUUUUACAAAUAACUCAAGUCGGCGAACGUAUACAACACAUCUUUCUCCUAUUUUUCUCACAACAACAACCCUGUGAGAAUCACUUUCUUACGACGAGUGUUAAAUUCUUAAAAUGUCUGUCAGUAGUAUGAUAACUUAUCUAAUGAAUAAAGUACCUGGAAAGAAACGAUUUGGCAUAUACAGAUUUCUUCCUUUCUACUUCAUUCUUGGUGGUGCUAUGGAAUGGUUCAUGAUUAAUGUUCCAGUCGGCAAUCAGACCUUUUAUGAUGUUUACCGUAGAAAAGAAGGUGAGAAACAUUACCAGAAAUUGGAAGAAAAGUGAAUUCCACAUUGAAUCAUCUGUACAUAAUUGAUUCAAAACUAAUAAAUGAAACUGUUUCAAAGUUUGCUUAAAAUAUGAAUACCAGCUGCAUUUUGUUCAGUGAAAUGUAUUUUUGUUAAUCUGUCUUGUUUCAAAUAAAAAAAUAAUCAUUUUGGUGAACAAGUGCCAUAAAGUUGGUAUUGAUUUAAUAAAUUAUCCCCAAGUGUAUCUGUCUCCAUCAUGAUCCUUCAGGACUUUCAGUGGUGAACUCUGCUGCUGUAAGUACUCAGACCCUUAAGAUAAAAGUUUUCCCCAUCUAGUUGUUUCCAACUCUAGUGGGUGGGACUCAUCUCCAUUUCUUAACCAAAGGAGCCAGCAUUGAGCUAAGACAUUUCUGUGGCCAUGCGGCCAGCAUGACUAUAACUCGGACCUACUCAUAUAUUAAAUAACAGUAAGACUGGUUACCUGUUGCAUUUUAGAAAAUGUUGCUCUAUUUUAGAAAUUGUUGCUUUGUGACACAUUUCAUUAUUGAUUUAUCAUUUUUUGUACAUAUACACAAUUAUGUUUAUUUAUUGCCUUUUAAACUAAAAGGAAUUAUUUUACUUUGUUACUGGGCUGAUUUGAGUAUGUGCAAAAAGGAAAGGCAAAAAGGGAUUUGAUCCCAAUGUUUGCAAUAGUUCACUCUCAUAAUCCAAGUCCUAGUUUUAGGGGAGAAGAUUAUAACAAGAAUGUUAUAUAUGAGAAUUCUCAUUCUCUCUCACACACACACAGUGAUCAUUAUGAUAAUAGGUAUACAAUAUAGAUUCAUGCUUCAAUUGACAAGUUCUGGUUGUUUAUAAGAUACAUAUGUGGAGUUGUCACACAGAAGAUAUUUGUGAUAAUAUAGAUCACUAGAUAAUGUAGGUCUCAUCAGGAUGUGUAUUUCUCAAAGCCUUAAUAUGGCUUAAAAUUCUAUUACCUGAACUAUGGCCAAGCAAAUCAUGACUUACCAUAUAUGAACUUAGUAUGUAUGAAAAGGAACUUGACAUGGUAAAUAGCAGAACAAUUUAUAAUUCCCUAUAGUUAGAGUAGCUUGCCACACUCUAGAGAAAAAUAUACAAGGAAGAAUCAGCAGUGUCCUGUAAUUCAGGGUAACAAAUUUUCCAUGCUGCUUUCCCUGUAACAUUGUUUCUAUUAAUAAAAAUUAUACUAUAGCUUGCUGAAUGGAAAAAGACCCAAAUUCUAUCAGAUAGCAGAAACUUUAAAGAUCUGCUUUUCCAUUUAUAUAAUCAGACUGAUCAGUGGCCUUAAAUUGUAUGACAGGUUUCUAUGUUUUGUCAUCAGACAAAAUGAAUAAUAUGGGAAGUAGGCGGAACAUUCUGGAAAGUGAAUUUGGUCCUAGGGAAUAUCAAAACCAAAGCUGCAGAAGUUAGCAGAGUUGCAGGAGGACUGGUUAAAAACAUUUAUGUUGAUGCAAUUGCAGGGGUGCUUGCAGAUACAGAAGAGUAGUAACCAGGGGACAAGAACUAGCUUUUUAUAUUGUAAUAUCCAAAGACCUUACGAACAAACGCUCAAAUUGCCAAUUGCACUUAACAUAAAAUGAUUUAUUAACUACUAUCAAGUUGGAGUCAACUCUAUGGAACUUCAUUUUUUUCCAGCAUGAUAUGCCUUCAACCUGGCCUUUUAGAUCUCUCAAUAAUUUUACAUACUAGAAAAUGCCAAAAAUUCUGCAAUCCAUCAAUGAUACAUGGCUUCAAAAUAUACAAAGCUGAAUUCAGAAAAUAGAAAUUUGAGGUCACAAUGUUAACAUCAAAUAGAUAAUAGAAAAAAAAAUUCAUAGAUGGGCCAUAAGAAAUUGAAAAGAGCUCAUGAAAAGACAGGUGUACCAGACCCUCUCAUUUGCCAUUGAAGAAUUUUCAUGACAAACUAAAUGCAAGAGUUAGAAUGAAAUAUGGAAGAAGUAAAAAAUAGUUCAAGUAGUGGAAAGGAAUAUGCCAAGGCUCUUUACUAUGCCUCCAUACUGCAUUUAUUUUAGUUUGUGUUCAGAAUGUCAGGAGAAGUGUUGGAUUAAAAUAAAUAUAAUUUGAAAUUGAAAUUCCUGGGAGAAACACGAAAAACCUCAGAUAAACUGGCAUUGCUUGGAUAGCUGAAGAAACCGUAAGGAUUUUCUCGAUAAAUGAGACAAGAGUGCAAAAACCUAUCUGUUUCUUUAAAAAAAUAAUCCACUGAGAUGUCAUCACACAAUGCCCAUCUAAUGUAAACAAAUGCAACAGUAACAGUAGACUUCAUUUCCAAGGGUUAAAAAUUCACAGGGACAGCGACUAUAGUAAGAAAUAGGUACCUGCAACUUUAGAAAAACCUGAAAACCUGGACAGAAAGUUUGAAAUACAGGUAUCACACUGACAUGAGAAUUUGGUUUUUUUCAUCUUAGCCAAGUCAGUUAAGUUAGAUGGUUGAUUAUAUAAAUAAUAUAAAUAAAAUGUAUUUAUUGUAAAAGUUAUAGUUUUUCUUAGGUGGAAAUUGUCUCAUCACAAAGGCUGGUUAAAAAAAUAGUUUGAACUGUAAUCUUGGAGAAAAUAGUUGAGAAUAAAGAUCGGUAUUAAUAAUGAAGCUAACACUUCAGUGUUUUAGGUGCUUAAUGCAAAGGCAAAGAAUUAUAGGAAAAGAACCUGGUGAUUAAAAAAAUGAAAGCAGUGGUAAAAGUCUAAUAGAAAACAACUCUCUAGAUAACUAACAAGCAUGAGUUUACUAGAAUUUAACAAAAGCAAUAACAGAUAAUCCUGCAGAAACUAUAUCCAUCAGGUCAUAAAGAGUUGGAAGCAAACAACUUAACUUUAGUUUAUUUUUGAUGGACAAAUUGUUCUCUUCAGCUAUUAAAAACUCCUAGUUUGAAAUUAAACAUAGAAAGUUGAUACUAAUCACACCUAAGUGUCAUCAUAUAUACAUACAGUGACAGUCCUUUAUUAUAAAGAACCAUCUUUAUUUCAGAAAGCUGUCCUUUUAUUGGUUUUGAAUUUUCUUUUGUAAAGCAGAGUUUUAAACAUGUUUUUAUUAUUAUGCACCUCUUUACUUAAUUUCAAAGAAGAAAAUGUAAAAAUGUAAUGUAUGGUUGUCUGCUAGAUUGAUAAACCCAUUAUCUAUGAUCAAAGGAAAAGCAUUGCUGUGUUUUAAAUCUAAAAAUACUGAGCAGAAAUUAAUUUAAAUCUAUAACAUAAGAUCAUAGCUAUAUUGCAAGACUUCUGCUAAUUUAUCAAAUGCGGGCAACUGCAAUCAGUGAUGUGCGGUGAGGUUUAUGGCUGGUGAGGCAAAAAGAAAGAAAGUGGCAUUUGGCCGCCCCACCGGUAUGUCC